GAUUGUCUGAUUGUCGCCUGUGCGAUGAUUCAAUCAGUGAACAAUAUAUAGUUCAGUGGAUUCAAUUGCUGAUAAUAUCCCUCAUUAACCAUAAAAAUCCCUUAUAUUCCUCAUACGUUGCUGUUGCCAUGACGAGGAAUGUGUAACAAAUUAUCGAGAAAUAUCAAAAUCACAACACUGGUACAAAUAAACGAGAAAUUUUGACAAAUAAAAGUAUGGCAACUAAUUUUAGCGCGAAUCAGGUAAAGAUUUACUGUACUGGUGUCACAUAAAGCAAUGGCAAAGAUUAUACAAUGUGGCAGAAGAAGGAACCUUUCUUGUAAGAUUGUACGUCUUAUAAAAUUUAUUUCUGUGUUUAUUUUGUUUUCAGUACGAAAAUGCAUUUGGUGGGAAACGACUUCAGAACUGGGAAGUUCCAGCAACUUUUAAAGAGGUGUGUUUAUUUAUUUGAACUACAAAUGCAUUUGUAAAAAACAUGUCUGUGUUUGUUAUGGUCUUAUAGAUCUAGUUCAAUUCGGUAAUCGUCAUGUAGUGAUAUAUUAAUUAAUGUAGUAGAACCAUUCCCCAAUAACUCUAUAUAUAAGUUCCAAAGUCUUCAGUUAUUAAAUUCUUCAAAGGGUUUACUAAUUACCUGAGUAUACAGUGUAACUGGCCAGAAAUUCAAAUUAUGGAGGCCAGUCAAGUCAGCCUAUAUGGGCAAUAUCACUAUAUGUUUCUGCUGGAAGGGCUCCAGUCAACUCAACUCAGCCUGUGGACAUGCCAACUUGGCCCACCUGCCAAAUUAGCCCAACCAACUCGGCUCACUAAGUUAACUCGGCCCAGUAUCAGGACCAAGUUGACCCAAAAGCCAAUCAUGCUCUUUAGGGAUGAGCCAAUUAAUCGGCCAAUUUUUAAUAAUUGGUAAUCGGCCGAUUAUUUCUGUAUAAUUGGCCACUUGCUGAUUAUUGAUCAGUUUCUUCUUUUUAUUGCAGAUAAAUGAAAAUUUGUGUAUUCAUUGUGUUUUUUUGCACAUGUUUAAAAAUCUUUUCACGUUAUAGAGCGGCAUCACUUCACUCAGCAGUUGCUACACAAAUACGUAUAAAAAAAUCUUGCAUAAAUAUUAUCUCUUCAUGGGAAAUGGAAUUGUUAAGUGAGAAAAUUUACACUUAUUGAUGUGACCCCCUUGACAAUGUAGGUGGAUUAUGUGUGUAGCUUAAGCUGGAUUUCCUCUUAGUGGAAAACAUUGUGUGUGCACAAUGAGACAAAAGAUGUCAUGAAAAAGUGGAAAACUUUUCAAUUUGUAAUCCAGCAGCUAGCGUAAGGAAGAGACACAAAUGAAUGCCAGAGAUACUAUAGCUGAGUGCUUUGCUACAUUAGCUUCUCAAGUUUAAUUUUAACACAGAAAAGCAUCUGAGGUUCACCUGAACAACUAACACCUAACUGAUAAAUGUGUUGGCUUUGUCCGAUUAUUUUGUAUAUUAUCGGCCACCGAUUAAUUGAAUCGGCAAUUUCAGUAAUCGGCUCAUCCCUAAUGCUCUUGUUUGCCUUUAGUUUAAUAGAUUUACCACAUGAUUACAUACAAAACAUUACAGACAGUAGUAAUAAGUUACAGUUUGUGGCAGGGAAUGAAAACAGGACAAAAGCCCCAAUUGACAUCCAAUCCCUUUCCCAUCUGUUUUGUUUUUUCAAAAUAGACAUUCAAGUCUCAAGACGUUUAGUGUUUUUAUCUGGUUUUUAAUUGUUAUUGUUAUGAACAUGUCACAAUUUGGGAACAUAAAACAAAUAUAAAACUACACUUUGGAAUUAAACGAUAACCAUAGUAGGCCGAGUCCUUCAUAAUAUGCCACAUACAAUUUAAAUAAGCUUACCUUGUCCUUGUAUAUAUAUAGGAUAUAAAUACUGGGCCGAUUUAACUUUAGUUAGCAGUGGGCCAAGUUGGUUGGGCCGGAACAAAGGCCCCACAUUAGGGUCCAUUGCCAAUUAUGCAUUCUAGCUUGAAUAACAGUGUCACCUUAUUCUGUGACAGUGUCUUUUAUAUGUUAAAAAUUUAAGCGCUUUCAUUCGUUGAGAGCCAAUAUCAAUCUAUUAGAGGACAGACGCACAGAAUUACGUCACACAAAACCUUAUCCAAUAGCAUUCUCUUAUAGUCUUAUUUGUAUAGAUCAUGUACGCCGGACACAUGAUAUUUGCAAAAUUUCGCUAUUUACCUGUUUAAUUCGGGGGUUUUCUUUUUAUAAGGGACCGGUCAUUAUUUAUGGUGGAGGGUGGCACCCAAGAGAAAUGUUUUUCGUGGCAAAAAUUUUGUUGAUCCAACCAUUAAGAAGACAAAAAAUUGAUUACCCAACCUCAAAUAUAAAUUGAAAAAUAAUUACCCAUCCCUGGCCAAAAACUUUACAAAAGGAUACCAUUCAGUUGUCACACAUGUCUUUUACCACUUCUAUGACAUGAGUUUGAUAACAACUUGUGAAAUUUUCUGCAGUCUAAAGUUUCAUGUUGUCUGCACAUGCACUUUCUUUGGAAACACCAUUUGUUUUGUCAAAAUGACCAAGAUAGUGACUCUGAUUGAUUCACAUAUUGUAUUGACAAAUGACUGUUGACAUUGCUUUUCAGUCUCCAAUAUUUCAGUGGGUCAUGCUUUGGAAAUGACAAUAAAUUUUUAUUACCCAACCCUUGAGUUGUUUUGUUUUUCAUUUACCCAACCUUUUACUUACUCAAAAUUUUGAUUACCCAACCCUUUUCUCUUCGGUGCCACCCCCCACCAUAAAUAAUGACUGGUCCCUAAUAUCAAACAAAUAGACAAGAUUUUGCCAUAAUGUGGGAACAACAAAAAGUGACCCACUCGCCUUGGCAGCUCAUGAGCAUCUUUUUUGUUCUUCCCACAUUGUGACGUCAUACUGUGUAUCUAUAACUGAACAGCCAAUGGCAAAAUCUUAUCUAUUUGUUAAAUAUAGCCUGUGUUCCACUCCAUCUGUUGUACUUAGUUAUCGCAAUGGCGUAGUUGACUAAAACGCAGACUAUGUUUUGUAAUGUAAUUUCAAUUGUCAUUUACUGCAGAGUAUUUUACAUGGACUAACAAAUAUUAAAAGUUGAAGAACAACUAAAUGCAACAAUUGAUAACUCAUGCUUAAAUUUUUGUUCUACUAACAGAGACCAUCCCGUCUUGAAGGUUAUACAAAACCCAUUGCUGAUAACAGAGGACAUCUGAUGGAUGGUGUGCAACGUUCACAGAAAUGUCCAUGGGGUGGAUUUGUUGGUACAUGGGAUUCCCGCAACAACAAAACUAAACCUCAACUACCAGGUGGGAAAUUAAAAUACGAUGGUGGUGCCGAGAUCUUGACAGUACAUACACCACCACCACCAAGUGCAAGCAAGAAAAAUGUGGAGAAACCAUUAUCACCGAUUCCUCAGCCAUUUGAUGAAAAAGACAUGGGAAUUUUGAAGCACAUUGAAGAUAUAAAGAAAACUGAGGCACUAGAAGCUAACAAACUCCCUACACCUUCACCGCCACCCAGAACAGCUGAACGCACGCCAAGUCCUGCAGCAAGCAAAGCUGGGGUUGACAUUUCAAUUCAGCCAGAAUAACUGAUACAAAAUAGACCAAAUUUUAAUGAAUGCAAUUGUUUUCUCUAAGAUAAUGUGUUCCCACACAAAACUUUCAAUUAUUAAUUAUUAUAUCUUAUUAAUAAUGCAGGAUUUGAGAUGUAAAUAUUCGGUAACUUAUUUUUAGUGAAGUGAAAUUCUCAAACAUGUAAAACCUUAUAAAUACUGUAUGACUUACAGUAUUUGGUAAUUUGAAAGAAAACAAACAAUGAAAAAAAGGAUAUAAUUUGGGUUGUGGUGUGAAGCAAUAUGUCUAUAUAAAGGCCAGUUUAUACUGUCUUGCACUUUUUGCUGUGACUAAACAAGCCUUGAAUGGGUCAUAAAUUUUGAAGUACAGUAGUAGUUAGUUAAGUCUUGCAGGAUAAAAAACAAAUUUCCUACUGCAGGCUACAUGAAUAUUUCCGUUCCGAACUGUUCCGCUGUAAUUUAGGUAUUGAGUUAGUAGAUUAUUCAAUAAUUUCAAUAUUUAUUAUUUAUUUAUUAGAGGUAUUCAAUAAUUUCAAUAAUGAUCACUCAAUCAGUGUAAUUUUCAGUAUUCAGGCUAUCAAGCAUAACAAAUAUCUCAACAUUUCUGCAAAAAUGUAGACCUCCCCCUAAAAUUUUGGGAAUUAGGUUCCCAGGCUCUGAUACUUUUUCCACUUCUGCAAACGAGUGUUCCCAAAAUCGACUGUAUUUUACAAAGAAAAUUCAGUUACUUUGAGGCUGGUUUCAAUAGAUCAGGUUCUUCCAACUAAUUUAACAAGGGGUUACACGCCCACAGCCCCUGCUCGCUAUGUCCCUGUUUACAUUCAAGACUUGCUUCAAGACUCUCGUUUUCUAUGUGGAUACUAGCAGACAGCGUCUGCAGCUUCUGCGAGGAGGAUGUGUAUAUGAAUCUUCAUUCGUAAUGCACCUUGAGGAUUAGAAGAUCUGCAAUGACAUAGUGUUCAGAUCUUUGCACC